AUGGGUAUUUCUCGUGAUUCUCGUCACAAAAGAUCCGCUACCGGUGCCAAGCGUGCUCAAUUCAGAAAGAAGCGGAAGUUUGAGUUGGGUCGUCAAUCAGCAAACACUAAGAUUGGUGCCAAGAGAAUUCAUACCGUCAGAGUUAGAGGUGGUAACAAGAAAUUCAGAGCUCUAAGAAUUGAAACUGGUAACUUCUCAUGGGCUUCUGAAGGUGUUUCCAAGAAGACCAGAAUUGUGGGUGUUGCCUACCAUCCAUCCAACAACGAACUGGUGAGAACCAACACUUUGACCAAGGCUGCCAUUGUUCAAAUCGAUGCUACUCCAUUCAAGCAAUGGUUUGAAUCUCACUAUGGUCAAACCCUAGGUAAGAAGAAGGGCCAAGCAAAGACUGACGAAGAAGUCGUGCCCGCCUCUAAGAGUGCUCAAAAGAAAUGGGCUUCUAGAGCUUCUGCCGCCAAGGUGGAACAAGCUGUUGACUCUCAGUUCGGUGCUGGUAGAUUGUACGCCGCCAUCUCUUCUAGACCAGGACAGUCUGGUAGAUGUGACGGUUACAUCUUGGAAGGUGAAGAGUUGGCCUUCUACUUGAGAAGAUUGACCGCCAAGAAAUAA